CUCUGUAUUUAUAAGGCGCCCCGGUGCGCGGAAAGGCACAAGCGUGCCUCGUCUCUAGAGAGGCAGAGCGCGUCGCUGUGACUUGGAGACGUUUUUGGAUGAAAAGACCUGUGCAGCCGCUGCUGAGGAAGAGACGCGGGAGCGCAGGAGUUUUAUCCCAAGUUCACUGCGACUUGCUCUCAGGGAAACAUCCCUGGGGACACAUAUACUCACAAGCAAGCGCUCACACGCAAUCACACAAGACACCAUGCAGGAGUCAGAGCCCACAGUGUGCCAGCUGCAGCCCAACAUCAUCUCAGUGCGUCUUUUCAAGAGAAAGGUUGGCGGUCUGGGCUUUCUGGUGAAGCAGAGGGUGUCCAAGCCACCCGUCAUCGUGUCUGACCUCAUCCGUGGUGGCGCUGCAGAGGAGUGCGGCCUGGUGCAGGUGGGCGACAUCGUCUUGGCAGUCAACAACAAGCCCCUGGUGGACCUGUCCUAUGAACGGGCCCUGGAGACGCUGAAGAACGUGUCACCCGAGAGCCACGCCGUGCUGAUCCUCCGAGGGCCCGAGGGCUUCACCACCCACCUGGAGACCACCCUGUCUGGAGAUGGCCGCCAACGCACAGUGAGGGUCACACGCCCUGCCUUCCCGCCCUCAAAGUCCUACGAGCACUGCUCCCCUCUCAGCCCAUUCGGCCCUGGGCAGCAGCAGCAGGUCAACAAGGAUCCCCAGCUCAGGGCCAUUGAGAACCUGUCCUCUCCGUCCAUCACCCAGUCCCUCCUGCAGAGGGCAGGCGUGCAGGCCCAGGACCCCCUGCUGAUGAGGGAUGGGGGCCGCGGAGCUCUCCUGUGCAACGGGCUGGAGGAAAACAACGAACUGCUGAAGGAGAUCGAACCAGUGCUGCGUCUCAUCAAAAACAGCAAAAAGGAGAUCAAUGGAGAAGGCCAGAGGAAUGUGGGAAGAAGGGACGCUGAGAUUCAAGUGGCGUGGGACCUUGGCGUGGGAAAUGGCACAUCUCCCCAGCUGGCCUCAGAUAACAACAGAAUGCUGGAAAACAUGCCGGUGGUGUUCAACAACGCUGACACUGACAAGCCUCCUGCCCAGGACAGGUCCUCACCCACCAAGUCACUGCAGAACGGCAGCCCCUCCAAAUGCCCCCGCUUCCUUAAGAUCAAGAACUGGGAGACUGGCACCAUCUAUAGCGACACACUCCACCACAGCUCCAGCAAGAUGCCAAUCUGCAGCGAAAAUGUGUGCAUCGGCUCUGUGGUGAUGCCCAAUCAGCACGUCCGCAAACCAGACGAGGUCAGAGGCAAAGAGGAGCUUCUUCCAUUGGCCACUGACUUCAUAGACCAGUACUACACCUCCAUUAAAAGGUAUGGCUCUAAGGCCCAUGUGGACAGACUGGAGGAGGUGACCAAGGAGAUUGAAGCUUCAGGAACUUACCAGCUGAAAGACACUGAAUUGAUUUAUGGCGCCAAGCACGCCUGGAGGAAUGCUGCCCGAUGUGUAGGGAGGAUCCAGUGGUCCAAACUACAGGUUUUUGAUGCUAGAGACUGCACAACAGCUCAUGGAAUGUACAACUACAUCUGUAACCACAUCAAGUAUGCCACCAACAAAGGCAACCUGAGAUCGGCCAUCACCAUAUUUCCCCAGAGGACUGAUGGCAAACAUGACUUUCGAGUGUGGAACAGUCAGCUGAUUCGUUAUGCAGGCUACAAACAGCCUGAUGGACAGAUCUUGGGAGACCCUGCUAAUGUUGAAUUUACUGAGAUCUGCAUGCAGCUUGGAUGGAAAGCUCCCAAGGGCCGUUUUGAUGUCCUGCCCCUCCUGCUGCAAGCCAACGGAAAUGACCCCGAGCUGUUUGAAAUACCUGAAGACCUCAUCCUGGAGGUGCCGAUCACACACCCAAAGUACGAGUGGUUCAAGGAACUGGACCUGAAGUGGUACGGCCUCCCGGCAGUCUCCAACAUGCUGCUGGAGAUUGGCGGCCUGGAGUUCACUGGUUGCCCCUUCAGUGGCUGGUACAUGGGCACUGAGAUUGGCGUGAGGGACUUCUGUGACACCUCACGCUACAACAUUCUGGAGGAGGUUGCUAACAGGAUGGCCUUAGACACCAGGAAGACUUCCUCCCUUUGGAAAGACCAGGCACUGGUGGAGAUUAACAUUGCUGUUCUCUACAGCUUCCAGUCAUGCAAAGUUACCAUAGUAGACCAUCACUCAGCCACAGAGUCCUUCAUGAAGCAUAUGGAGAAUGAGUACCGGGUGCGAGGUGGCUGUCCUGGAGACUGGGUGUGGAUUGUGCCUCCCAUGUCAGGAAGUAUCACACCGGUUUUCCACCAAGAAAUGCUCAACUACCGCCUCACCCCAUCCUUUGAGUACCAGCCUGAUCCCUGGAAUACCCAUGUGUGGAAAGGAGUCAAUGGGACGCCCACAAAGAAAAGAGCCAUCGGAUUCAAGAAGCUUGCCAAGGCUGUGAAAUUUUCGGCCAAGCUCAUGGGCCAGGCCAUGGCCAAGAGGGUGAAAGCCACUAUACUGUUUGCCACAGAGACGGGCAAAUCGCAAGAUUAUGCCAAAACUCUCUGUGAAAUCUUCAAGCACGCUUUUGACGCAAAGGUCACGUCAAUGGAUGAAUAUGAUGUGGUGGACCUGGAGCACGAGACGCUGGUGUUAGUGGUGACCAGCACAUUCGGAAAUGGUGAUCCACCUGAGAAUGGAGAGAAAUUUGGAGCUGCCUUAAUGGAGAUGCGCCACCCAACAUCCAACACAGAAGAUAGAAAGAGCUACAAGGUCCGCUUCAACAGUGUGUCCUCCUACUCUGACACUCGCAAGUCCUCCAGUGACGAGCCAGAAGCCAAGAUUAACUUUGAGAGCACUGGACCUCUCGCCAACGUCAGGUUCUCAGUGUUUGGCCUUGGCUCCAGGGCCUACCCACACUUCUGCGCCUUUGCCCACGCUGUGGACACGCUGUUUGAAGAGCUGGGAGGGGAGCGCAUCCUACGCAUGGGAGAAGGAGAUGAGCUGUGUGGCCAGGAGGAGUCAUUCAGAACCUGGGCCAAGAAGGUUUUUAAGGCUGCCUGUGACGUGUUCUGUGUUGGAGACGAUGUGAACAUUGAGAAGGCCAACGACUCCUUGAUCAGCAAUGACCGCAGCUGGAAGAAGAGCAAGUUCCGCCUGACGUACACAGCCGAGGCCCCGGCCCUCACAGAAGCAUUGUACAGCGUUCACAAAAAGAGGGUUUAUGGAGCAAAGAUGCUAGAAUCUGAAAACUUACAAACUUCCAAAUCCAAUCGCUCCACCAUAUUUGUGCGGCUCCACACAAACAACCACGACAGACUGAGCUACCAGCCCGGCGACCAUCUGGGCAUCUUCCCUGGCAACCACGAGGACUUGGUGACGGCUCUCAUAGAUAAACUGGAGGAUGCUCCACCUGUCAAUCAAAUUGUCAAAGUGGAGUUCCUGGAGGAGAGGAACACUGCCCUGGGUGUAAUCAGUAACUGGACAAACGAGACUCGUAUCCCUCCCUGCACCAUCUACCAGGCCUUCCAGUACUUCCUGGACAUCACCACUCCACCGAGUCCUGUGCUGCUGCAGCAGUUUGCUGCUCUGGCAACCAAUGACAAACAGAAAAAGAAACUAGAGAUCCUCAGUAAGGGUUUGCAGGAGUAUGAGGAGUGGAAGUGGUACAACAAUCCGACACUGGUGGAGAUGCUGGAGGAGUUCCCUUCCAUUCAGAUGCCCUCCACUCUGCUGCUUACCCAGCUGCCCCUGCUGCAGCCUCGCUACUACUCUAUCAGCUCCUCUCCAGACCUGCACCCAGGAGAGAUUCACCUCACCGUCGCUGUGGUCUCUUACCGUGCCAGAAAUGGAGAGGGACCUAUCCACCACGGAGUGUGUUCAUCGUGGCUCAACAGGAUAGAGAAGGGGGAGAUGGUGCCGUGUUUUGUCCGAGGUGCACCAUCAUUCCAACUUCCCAAAGACAACCAAGCACCCUGUAUCCUGGUAGGUCCAGGAACAGGUAUCGCCCCUUUCAGAAGCUUCUGGCAACAGAGACUAUAUGACCUUGAACACAAAGGAAUUGAGUCGUGCCCCAUGAUCCUGGUGUUUGGGUGUCGGCAGUCAGAGAUGGACCACAUCUACAAGGAGGAGACCAUCCAGGCCAAGAACAAACAAGUGUUCAAGGAGCUCUACACGGCCUAUUCCAGAGAACCCGGCAAACCAAAGAAAUAUGUCCAGGAUGCACUGCGCGAGCAGCUGUCAGAGACGGUAUACCAGUGCCUGCGGGAGGAGGGAGGACACAUCUAUGUGUGUGGGGAUGUUACAAUGGCUGGGGAUGUUCUCAAGACUGUCCAGCAAAUCAUCAAGCAGCAGGGCAACAUGACCCUGGAGGACGCUGGCUUCUUCAUCAGCAAGCUUCGCGAUGAGAACCGCUACCAUGAGGACAUCUUUGGUGUCACCCUGCGCACCUAUGAGGUCACCAACCGACUUCGUUCAGAAUCCAUUGCCUACAUUGAGGAGAGCAAAAAGGACUCAGAUGAGGUUUUCUGCUCGUAGGUCUAUGAAUUGGGGACUUUCUGGCGACAACCAGUCAAGAGGACACGGCAACACUGGUUAAAGAAUACUGUGCCAAUUUUUGUACUGUAAAAAAAAAGGGUUUCUUUCUUUUUUUAUACCACUUAAAUGUUUCUGUUGGGCUCUGCGAUUUUGUCUGUAGCAAGUUGGAAAUGUUCUGUUCUUUAAAAAUCUGUUUUGCUUGUUGAUGAUACUUCCAAAAAUUAUAAAUUGAUCAUUUUGAUUCAUAAUGUGUGCACCUAGUGUAAUGACCUGCCUCAUUGUGAAUGCAUGACCAAGACAAGAAUAUACUCAAGAAAUAUAAUAUACUCUGUGUUAUUGUUACAGUUAAAAGGCUUUUAUUGAGAUUUUAUAUUUACAGGGAAACAUGUGGCGUUGUUAACAAACUCAAAGAUGUUUCUGAAGUUGAAUUAAGUCAAUUUUACGUUUCAGGAAAGAACCAGGGCUGGUUACAUCUAUUUGGGCUGUUUUUAUCAAAGACUGUAGUUUCAGGAAAAGUUCAAACAGCAGAGAUAAGUGAAAGCUGUACAGGCAUGCAGGUAGAAAAACUGAAAGACAAUUUUGGCGUGUUGACAGGUCGCCCUAAAUGAUGAAAACAGUGAUUCUGUCACAGCUUGAACAAACAUAUUAUCUAGCUCUUCACUGGUAAACCAUUAAAAUGCAUCAGCCUCUGUGCCAGCUGUCUUUUUAGUGGCUGUCCAUUCUCUCAUAACAUCAUAAUGUUGUGUGUCACAGCUGGUGCUUGCCCAGCCCACAGCAGCUGCAUAGGAAUGUGCAAGGUAGCCACUAAAGAAGUCUGAAACUGAGUCAGUACAUAUUAAAAUAAUCUUAAUUAAACUUCUUCAGGGCUCUCAAAUUUUAAAUUAUCUAAGUAUUGAUGUGUUGACUAUAAUAAAAGAAAACUAUAUAACCAUAGUGGAGGGAAACUGGUUUGAAAAAAGCUUUUUUCUUUAAUGAAAUCUGGGAUUGUUUGACAUUUUGGGAAAAUAACGCUUAUUCUCUCUAUUGCCGAGAAUAAGAUGAGAAUAUCAAUACCACUCUCUUGUCUGUACGGAAAAUACGGGGCUACAUUUUUUAAUUUUUCAAGUUGCAUAGCCCUAGCUGAGCAUAAAAACUGGAAAUUAUAAUAUCUCGCUACCAAAGGACUAAAUAGAGGUUAUGACCUUAUUCUCAGUAAAAAAAGUAAACAAACAAAACAACUAUGAUACUAAAAGUCAACUAUGACUUUAAAAAUUAAGUAUCUCUGUAACAAAACAUUGUCAAUGGAAGCAAAAAGAUCUGUUUUAGCUCCCUGUGCUGUCCAGAUCAUAUCAUAUAGCUGUCAACAUGGCACAAACUGUCACCUAUUGAGCUUUUAAAACAUGCAUUUAUCAGCAUCAUGACUCCUCUGCCUCUUGCCUUACAUUAACUCUCUGCCUCUGCCUACAUACGACACAUUUCUUUUUUCUUUCGUCUCUCUGCAUGAAAUUGCGCAACCCUGCGGCUCACACGCCACCCUUUCACUGUGACCUGACACCUGCUCAGUAGCAUCAGCAUGUGUGUGUAUGUGUGUGCGUGUGUGUGUGUGUGUGUGUGUGUGUGUGUGUGUGCCAUAGACAUCAUCAUAAGUGUGCGCAUCUCAAUAUGAGUGGGUGUAAAACAUGCAUGUGCUCAGGUGUUUGUUUUUACAUGAUUAUUCUGCUUGUUGUCUGUUACCUUGUCAAACUGGUCAGAUUUUAAAAUAAGCAUGAAUUUGUUGCUCUGUGAGUCACACAAGCCUGCAAAUUUAAUCUUACAGAUGGUGUUUUGGUAACAGGAAACUGCCCACAUGGCUUUUAGUUUUAAUCUCAGCAGUUUUAUUGUUGUAAGUUGCAGUGAAGUUUUUCAUUCAGGGACAAGAGGCAAUCACACUGCCGCUGUGGUCAUUUGCUGCUUUCCAAUGAGUCAGGACUGUAAUUUGAAUAUGUUUGUGCAGAGGCCACAUUGUUUAUUGAUCACCCUCUCUGCAGUAACCUGUGGCUUUACUUGUCAGCUUCUGAGUCUUGUUUGUUCCCUUUAUUUGUCUUUGAUUAAAAUUAAAGAUAGCUGUCAGCAUGAUUAACGGAUUUCAAUGUGAUUUUCAAAUGUCCCUCACAGCUGCUGAGAAUAUUUUUGUUUUCUGAUUUCCUCUGAGGCAACUAUUUUUACUGCCGGGAAACAAUGGGUGAUUCCCAUUGUCCCCACUGUUGUUCAUUCUGGAUGAAUGUCACCUCUGUAUAAUUUGUUUAAACAGAUUUAGUUAAAUUGGAAUGAGAGUCGUCAAGAAAAUGUCUGUGAUGUAAAAUGUGCAACAGGAAAACAAUUGAUACAAGAUAUAGCUUCUAUAUAUAGCUUCUAUAUAUAUAUAUAUUCAAAGACAAAGUAUAAAAUAUAAAGAGUACCACUUCAAUCUUUUCUAAGAAUGUAUUUUGAUUAUGUAAAUGAGCACUAUGAUUCUGCUUGAUUUAAAAAGAACAAAAAAAGGCAUAUUCUAUGGUGUCUCUCAUAUCCUUUAGGUAUGGGGAAAAACAGCAGCAUUAAAUAAAUGCAUGGUGAUCUUCUGUCUCCUGUUCAUAUUUAAAAAGCUCUGUCUAUUUACCAGCACUGUGUCAGUCAGUGAGACUGUAUUGUGAAGUUAUCCGGCCUUUCUCACAGGGCUUCGGAUUGGUAAAAAACAUUUUUGAGGGGUUUCUUUUUCUGUGUUUGCAUAUCGCUGCUGCUAUGAACAACUCUGAUCCAAUCAGCCUCUGCUAUAAUGACCUUUGUUGUGUAAUUGAUUGAGGAUAUUCCAUUUUAAUGCAUCAACUGCAAGGACUUUGCAUUUACUUACAAAUAAAGAGAAACAUUUACAGAAUAUGUCAA